GCUGUCGGCGCCUCCAUGUCGGCGUCCCCGGGAAUUUGGCGCCAGGCUGUCGCUUGUCGGCCGGUUCUGGCCGCCCUGGUCGGUCUGCCACAGAGUUUCGGAUGUAACUGUGCGCGCCGCUUCUCCGCUUACAGCGAAGUUGCCAUUGGACGGCUGCGUCGGUAGCGUUCGCCGCGACGUACGCAGUGCUAUCUUCUCGUCCGCGCUGGGCGUGUUUGACGGUGUCGACUUCGUAAACGUUUGUAAGGGAUGGAAACGGAGGCUGACGGAGGCGCGGCGGCGUUGCGUUUGGGAGCUGGUCAUCUCGACGGUGCUGCUGACUACGUAUACGGUUCCAUGGAUCUCGUGAGAGAGUUCGGGGAUCCCCAUGUCCUGUUACUCGCCGAAGAUCACAUCGUGUUCAAGCUGGACACUGCUUGGCCGCCAGACGUGGAGGUCCCAGGAAGACUCUCUCUCGCCGACGAUGACCGCCUCCUCCUGGUCGCGAACCACAGAUCAUUGGUUUCCAUAGCGAAGAGCGGUUUGCCAUGUGGGGCGAGGAUCUUGAAGGCCCUGUUCUGCAGUUGCCGGCCCUUUGCCUCCUCGGACCGCUACGGCAGCGCCGCCAGCAAGUUGCUCCGAGACGCCGAGGAGAUUUGCAUCGUACACAACCGGGACAAGAUCUACAAGCUUAUUCGCAUGUUCCCGAACGUCAAGGUGCUUGCCCUGCCGCACGAUCUUUGCACGCACCUCUCAGAAUUGGAUGAGCCCGGCAGGAACCGUUUCGCACCGCUGGUCGAGCGAAGUCAGUUGAGGGAACUGGUGGGCAACGCAGGCGGCGUGUGCGAUGGCAGCCUUCAUCUUAGUCGCGAGACUACGCUGGCGCUCUUGCGCACUUGCCCUGACGUGCGUCGCAUUGACUGCCGUUGGGUCGCCAGUUGCUUCAUGGGGCCGCGCGGCUUGUCCGCUUCUACCGAACGUCCAAGAGCAACGAGUUUCGUUCAUCUCUGGCUCGUCUCUCCGGACCACGUCUUCCUAUUUGAGCCGCUGGGCGGAAAGGGAGCUGUUGACGUCGCGCUUGCUGCAAAGAAAUUUCCGUCCAUCAAAAAGUUGCAGGUGGCUGUGGGUUCCAUGGAAUCGCUCGCCAAGGUCUCUGCGUUCCGUCACUUACGCAGCCUCAUGAUCAGCCUCAGCCCAAGCAUUGCCUUCUGCGACGUGGAUUCCACACUACGGCGGCUGCUCAGAAAUUUACCGGAGCUCGAGGAGCUGGAGCUCGAAAGUUGCGGCGGUCUGGAGCUCUCUACGAUUGCGAGACUGUGUCCCAAGAUCAAGAGGCUGAGGCUCGCAAGCUGCAUGGGAUCCACCGAAGACACCCCGCUGGACGACGACGAGUUCCCGAACCUGGAGUGCGUCGAGAUGAACGUGAAGGUCCUGAAGGUCGUUUUCACCUCGUUCUUGUCCGCAACUCGAUGCACACUUCGCACCGCGCGCUUCGACGGGCGAGGGUGCCUGCAUCGAAUUUCUGCAAUACUGCGUCCGGCGCGGCCGGCCCUGGCCAUUUGCGCAUCUCGAAAACCUCACCUUGGCCACGAAACUGUCGCUGCGUGGCUUGCAACUCGAGCCCGAGGACCUGCACGGCGUAGCCAAGGCCUUGCCCGCACUUCGACACCUGCAUACGGAUAACCACGACCUGCAGUAUGUUCUUCGAGAACAACGGCGUCCUUCGUGGUCGGGUGUCGUUGUCCUCGAUCACAUGCACCUACUGUAAAGCCAAUGAUCCAAGUAUCGCGGGGUGUGAGGAAUUGUUGGCGUUGUUUAACUUGUCGGUUCCGCCCCAGUAAAGGAUACCUUAUACUCGCUGGGUGAACUGCCUGUAGCGUAGGAGCAUUUCGAAAAUGCGAUAUGCGGCCACAUGCGGUUGACCGUCUGCAGAUGUCUGAACACCGGAAUCUGCACUGAAUAUUUGUCUGCCUAACGCACUGACGGGCUUAUCAGCACCGAUGCAGCUCUAUCUAAUCAGGCAGCAGUGUUCCGUUUCAAAACAUCGUGUAAUCCUGUUUCUAAGCGCGUGUCCACCGCGCAGUUAGACUUCUGUUACUAGUCCCACAACUUGUAGUUCACUCAGCCUGCUUUUGACCAGUCGAAAUGCUGGGAGAUCAUUCUUUUACGUAAUCGAAAUGCUAGGAUGAUGUGAAUACUCAAAGAAAGCUAGUUUCGGCACAGCAACAGAAGAGCAAAGUAAGGUGCGGCUUGGAAAAAAAUUAUUCUUACAAACAUUGUUUACGGCAUAAGAAACAUGUUCUGUUGGCUUACCAUGCGUGUCACUGGUGCCUUGAGGUAUAAGGUAGAGAGAGUAGCGUCUUUUGAUUUCGUUGUCAUUUAUUAGUACAGGGUCCGUUGCAAACGUAUGAAUUAAGGCCAUCGCAGGAAUGUGUGCAACCUCCGCAAGUUACCGCUUUCAGCGCUGCCCUUCGUUCGUGGCAAGCUUUCAUAUUGGUGCCAAAUCGGCCGUAGUCCUUAGAUCAGCUGUAACGCAUUGGUAAGUACACCUGUGCCAUUUACACAUUUGUGACGGACUGUAGUAAUUCUAUCGCUGCUUGUGGCACUACUUUUAGUCCGGCUGUGUUUCGUAUGUUCUGUCAAUACGUUCGUGAACUUAUGGUAAUCCAGUAGAGGACACUCCGAGGUUUCCGCCAGAAACAAGCUAACUGAAAGUGCAUCGUUAGAACAUCUCUAUCUCUCUCUCUCUCUGUUUUCACCUAAUAUUAGGGUCUACCUUCUUGACGCAAGAAGGUAGACCCAAGAUAACCAAGAAGGGCAAAUCAGUGAGAAGUGACAACUCGCGAAGCUUGGUAACCUUGUGGGUAAAACUGUACAUGGCGUCCCGGAUCGCUGUUUGUGGUCUCGUUACAUUCGCUUGCACUCGUGAUGCUGCUUGCAAACUUGCGCAUGUGCAGCGAUGGCUGGCAAAAAUUGAAAUCUUGAGUCCGCGUGGAUGCCAUAACGAAAAUACGUUGGUAGAGCGCCAACACUCGGAAGGAGUGAAGUGAUAAUUCAUGUUUAUUUGCAAUUUAAUGGCUCGCAGGCGAACGUUUGUUGUGGGGCUUCUACUACUUUACGCAACUCACUGUAUUGUGUAACUGAUACGGCAAUGGUGCUUCACAGGCUCAGUCCCUGUGUAGCACCAUUUAUCUUCCCUUGAAGGAAAGAUAAAAGCCAUACCUAAUAGGCCCAAGGGUGUGCCUUUUCCAAUACGUGUAGAAGCGUGUUUUUAAAGCUUCAUCUGCUAUUUAAUGUUCAUGUAAAUCAUUCGUUCGAAGCUUCAAGAUAUUUCUGGCUGUGUCUUUUCCGGUUCUGCGCAAUAAUUGCUUUCUCUUCUCGUCUGUGCUAUUUGCCACAUCAGUGUUUUCCUUGGGAUUUUUAUUUUGUGCCACGAGCUGAUCGCACUUUCGCCAAUAUUCGCGUGAAGCAGGUGCAAGUUACGCCGUAUAGAUCACUCUUCCGUGCGAGCCUUCGACACGCCUGCGCUUUCUAUCUAUCUAACCAUCGGCCGAAAUUGUGGCAGAGCCAUUCCUAUUGCAAUUUUCUGGUCGUUGCAUUCUCUAUCACCACCCUACGGCAUGCGGUGCAUAUUUCUUUGUGUCUUAUAGGUACAAAUAUGCACAGAUUUCGUUGCUUGCUGCUCAGGGGGUGCCGGAGGCGCACGACAUUUCGAGACGUGUUUGUCCGUAAUCUUUACUUUUUUUGCAUUGUAUCUUGGGAAAGGUACUGUCAUUUUGUGUGAAAGAAUGCAAAGAUAAAUAAAAGUAUUGCCUGUUCU